UUUCCCAUUCGUUGUCAUGAAUCAGUAUAGCUGGGAUUUUACCCGAAAAACUGAUUUAACGCUUUUGGUUCAGGAUAGCGAGUUUCAUGUGCACCGAUUUAUUUUGUCGUCUUGCUCGCCUGUGUUUAACGUAAUGUUGGAAUCUGAUAAUUUUGUUGAGAAAACUUGCCAAAUAAUAAAAUUACCGAACAAAAAGAAAGAGCAUAUACAACUAAUGCUUAAUUUUAUUUAUCCAUUUGGGCAUCAUAUAACAGAACAAACAGAUAUAAAUUGUUUACUAAACUUAUCGCGUGAAUAUCAAAUAAACAAAAUUCGUGAUUUGUGUGAGAAAUAUCUUUUACAAAAAAUACCAACCGUAGAGCAGUUGAUUAUUGCGCAAGAAUACGGUUUUACAUUACUGAAGGAAAAAUGUCUUCUACAGCUUUCAGAAAAAGCGUUAGCCUUAUUGCAAGACCAUCCAAGAUACAAUGAACUGAGCGAAAGUAACAAACUAAAGCUAGCUGAGCAACAUGUUAAGAUUUUGCAAACUUAUUGUAAAAAAACAGCACAAAUUGCACAAGCCUCUGACAUGAGGUAUAUCCCGAUUGCUACACACGUUCAAUGCGGUCAUAAACCAAAACAUAACAACAACCCUCAUUUUAUUUGUCACUACUGUCGCGCAUCUGCACUGAGAGGGUUUAUCAAAGAUCAAUCAAGGAAACUUGGACUUGAAAAGAAACUUGACGAGUUUAAAAAGAGUGAAUUAAGCAUUUAGUUUUUGUUAUGAUUUUAUUUAUAUAUUUUAUAUACUGUUUCUUUUAGCAGAUUU